AGGAAAUAAAGGGCUGCCCGAUGCACGAAGCAUUCCGCGUUCACGCAGGGUCUGGAAAAAGAUUGUACCCCAAGGGUGUGUGAUAUAGGCAGCUUACCGUGAGACAAGCAUUAGUGGCUUAUUCCACGGCUCGAAGUGAAAAGAAGUAAAUGAACAGAACAAAGAGAAGAAAAAAUGAAGUACUAAGGCCUAGGACUAAAUGUUUACUUACAUAUGGAACAACCCUUGAGAGUCCAGUGUUGAAUGCAUGUUAGACCUGACUACUGAGUCAUGCAACCUGGAUGAAAUGGUCACACGCUGACCAUUAUACAACAAUCACACUAAUAUUUAUUUUGGACACCAGUAGAAGAGAUUUUACCAUGUCAGUUGGAAAAAUUCACGAGGUAAAAGUGUAGAAAUUGGAGGAAAUGGCAAGAGAGAAAUCUGUAAUGUGUAUGGUGAUGGUUUUGGGGGUUGCCUUAAUUAUUCAGGGCACUGGUGCUGCUGAAGAAUGUAGCACAGUGACAGCACUGGUAGCAGCAUGCUCCAGCUUUGUGAACUAUGGCACACCAGAUCCGACUCCAGGUGCGCCAUGCUGCGUUGCUAUGACGACCCUAAGCAACAUAGCUAGCUCCACCGAAAUGCGCCAGGCCGUCUGUAGAUGUGUUAUGGACCUUAUUACUACUUACAACCCAAAUGCUACUGCCAUUGCCACUUUGCCUGGUUUCUGUGGUGUUUCUCUUGGUUUCACCAUUGACCCUAACACUGACUGUGAAUAGUAAGACAACCAUAAGUUACUUAUCUCCUAUUAUUUCAUAGUUAUUUUGUUUGUUGGUUUAGCCAUCCGAUAUUCAAGGUCCACUGACCCUAUUAAUCGGGAUUUGCUCUGGUUAAAGAACUCGCUACCAAGAAGUUCUCUACUCUCAGGGCGAUAACCCGGAAACUUUGUUUUAAGGGGUGGAGGUAUUUAAGCAUGGCCACCACACACCUUGGUGGUUAAUAUUUCAUAGGUUUAUCACAAUGUCUGAUCAAUCUUUUCUUUUCUGUUUGCAGUGUCUCUUAACAAAUUGGUCUCUGGAAAGUGAUGCUGAAGAAUGAAUUACAUAUACCUUCACCCUAAUUAUCAAGGAGAGCAACCUUACUAGAGCAGUUUGUAUUUUGUUUUUAAUAUGCUGAAAAUGUUGUUCUUUCCUCUCUUUUUUCUUCCCUUCUUUCUAUAGAGGAGA